AUGGAUAUUGGAAUAUAUUUGACCGUAUCCCAAAUAGGUGAACUUGAUGAACAGCGACAAUCAUUCUCCACCAGUGGAUGGUUCACGUUCCAGUGGGUGGAUGAUUCCUUAAAGUGGAACGUUACAGAUUUCAAUGGUACAGAGCAAAUAUAUCUGUCUAGUCAAACAAUCUGGACCCCUGAUUUGGUGCUCUUAAAUUCUGCCACAGGAAUUAAGCUUUUCAGUCACCAACAAGUACCUGUAAGCGUGGAACACACCGGAUUAGUAGUAUGGUACCACGGUGAUCUCUUCCAGAGUCAGUGCGACUUUGAUAUUGUCCAUUUUCCGUUUGAUACUCAGAUUUGCAAUUUUGUUCUAUCAACCUGGGUUACAACGUCGGACAAAGUUAAGUUAACACCUCUUCCGCAUCAGUUGGAUAUCUAUACUACGGGUGAGAAUGGAUUAUGGCAAUUAAGAAAUAUAACAACAUUUCUAAAGGAACAUCAGUACCCUCGACUUAUUGUAGAACUGACCCUGAAACGCCGACCAUCAUAUUACGUAUACAACCUGAUAAUCCCCAUCACGCUUCUAUCUCUUCUCAGCUCCCUGGUGUUUGCUCUGCCAAUGGAGUACGGUGACAAAGUGGCUCUGUCCAUGACGGUUCUACUCUCCUUCGGCGUGUUCCUGACUCAGAUGACCACAAACAUGCCAAAAACGUCCCGACAGACGUCCUACCUCACCAUCUACCUGACCGCUCUGCUCACCCUCAGCUCCCUCUCUGUGGCCAUGAUGAUCCUCAUUCUCAGGAUCUACAAGCGUCAAGGAAAGGUGCCCAAAGUGCUGCAGAAAUGGGUUGUUCUCUGGAAAUGUUUUUCGUCAAAUAAAAAGCAGACUGCGGCUGUGGAUCAAGAUCAUGCGGAUGACGUAAGUACAGAGGAUCCAUCCUGGAAGGAUGUGUCUGCCACGCUUGAAGCCAUGUGUCUGAGGUUAUUCCUCUUCAUGAAUAUCAGUCUCGGCAUCGUUCUCUUCACUGUACUCAUAGUAUUAACAAAUUGA